UCUAUAGAGUUCUAAUUUGCAAAAUAACAGCGCAAGUUGCGCAGGUUUUCAUGCGCAAUGAAAACUUCCCUAAAUUCACUGGUCGAUUGCGGUGUUCCAUUUAGUUUUUCAGCUGAUCACGCUUUCUACGGGCGCCUCGCAGACGACGCGUGUGUCAUGUGCGAAACUGUCGCAGCGUAGUAAGAAGAGUGCUCGUGUACUGUGUAGUUGCUAGAUUGUGGCAGUGAAAAUGUUUUCAGGACUUACUAACCAGGUCAGUUCUUGGAUGGGAGCAGCUAAAGGCGAACCCCAAGAUGAAGAAGUGCCAACUCCCACCAAAGAUGCGACAGGCGAGACUACGGCAGAGGGCGAGAAACAAAGCCCAACCAAAGGAGCAGGCAAACUUGAUCUCAUAACCAAUGUGAAGUCACAGAUGACCGGUUGGCUAGGAUCAGGCAUUCCUAUUCCAGGUCUAAGGAAAAAUGAAACAGCACCUACAGAUCCCAAUGAACCGGUUCCAGUCGAACAAACUGAAGAUGCUGCUGAACCUAAGCCAGAAGCAAAAGAUGAUGAUGAUAACUCCAGGUAUAAUAGUGCGACUGGAGGCGCUGAUAGCCGGCCUGGAUCCACUGGAGGCACUCCGACCGAAGAACAACCCGCCGGAGUUGGUAACGGUCCACAGAGUAAAAAGUUGUUCAAUGUAGACGCCAUCGAAGUGCCAGAUAUGCAAGAAUUGACCACAAAAGCUGUGGCCGGUGCCAAGUCUCUGGGCAACUUCCUCUAUUCCGCGGUGAAUAAGGCUGGCGCCAAGGUCAGCGAGGCCAGUGCGAAGAUCAAGAAGACGGUUGAGGAGAAUAGCAUCCUCGGGGAAUUCAACCGCGAGCAAGAUGCAUUCGUCAAAGGCCAGGAAGGCCGCGCUGGCGCCGCUGCUCCCCCAUGGGUUGGGGCACCCAACGAGGCUGCACUCAAGGAAGAGUGCCUUUCUCUUUCUACCGACCGAAGGAACUUCGUACGUGCACCGCCAGCGGGCGUGGAAUUCGACUUUGAUUACAACAAGAUGUACCCAGUGGCUGUCUCCAUCAUGGAUGAAGAUCCUAAUCUGUCUACGAUGCGCUUCGAUUUAGUACCGAAAGUCAUCACGGAGGAGAACUUCUGGCGGAACUAUUUCUACCGCGUGUCGCUUAUCUGCCAAGCCAACGAGGCCGACGCUGCUGGCGGACGUCAGUCCAGCGCUGAAGAUUCCCAAGAUGAUAAAUCAGCCAGCGAAAAUCUCAUUACUAAAGAGAAAGCGUCACAAGACACGAUAGCCGAUGCGAAGAAACGAAUAAAAUCCCUUAAAGUCGAUAGAGAAAACGAUGAUGCUUAAGCCAGGCACGGACACCAAGGAGCAUCGUAUCACUUUUCAUACAUAACACCUUAAAACGAAAGCUUAAAAUUAUAACACGUCAACAAUGAGUGUUAUUUAUAUAAUCAUACGAUUGUAUCUAUUGGAUGGUAUUCGAAGCUCUCCGAUAUAGAUGCUUGCAUUAUUUAUUAUAUAAAAUUUCCCCUAGAGUAUUGUUUUGAUCUUGAUAAGGUUAUGCCAAGAUAGUAUUAAAUUGAUGAAUUUCGAACGCCAUCAACAAACCAGAGACGAGGUUUGUGUGCGAGUUUAAAAAAACCAGCUAUAACCGGUUUUAUUGAGAGGACGAUGUGACGUCACAAAAUUGAAUAUGGCGGCGUCAUCGAUUCAAUUUUCACUGUUGAUCUCUUAAUAUUUAUAUAUUGUUUUAUAUAUGUAUGAAAUUUACGCAUAUUGUUGGCCUAUUGUUUUAAUUUAUAAAUUUUAAAGUUUAUGAGCUAUAUCACUAUACUAUCAUAUCUACAUUCUCGUUGUUAUAUCGUGUGUCGUUUAACUAUAAUUGGAUGUUACAUGACAAUAUAUAACUUUUUAUCCUAUUAUCAAGUUACAUGUAUAUAUAUAUGUAUAACAAGUUUUAUUUUUUAAUAUAUUACUCUUGUAGCUUUACCGUAAUAGCUAUUUUCAUAAUGUUAUUGUCAUGAGAGGUAGCGUCUCUUCUCGUAACAUACUAUGCGUUACACGGUAGAGAUAUAUAACUAUGGUAAUUUCAGUAGCGGACGUUUAUUUUUCAAAGUGAUUUAAAUAUAUAGUGUUAAAAUAUUUAUUCUCUAUGGAAAGUAUUUCAAUGUAAACUGAAUGUUAUGUAGGUUUAUGCAUAAGUAAUUAAGGUAUAAAAUAGCGUCACAUAUAACUCUGUUCUGUAGCUACAAAUUGUUAUAAGUGGUUUUAACAUUGCUACUACGAUUUUGAACCUUAUGCCGUUCGCUUAAGCGUGCUCGAUGAUAUCGUUUUUUUUUUUUUUGUUUUUGUAUUACUCAAAGUUGGUUAUAAUUAUUUCAAGGCUAAUGGUAAUUUGUUUUUAUUUAAAGUAGCAAUGUUGAAACUAUUUCCUUCACGCUGUGUUGUCAGAAUUUUAUCAAUCGUUAAAAUUGGGAAAUCAUUACCGAGAAUUGUUGGUGUCUUUUUUGAAUUUGUGUAAUUCGAAUCAAUCAUUUCGAGAGUGAUUCGAAUUCGAAAUUGGGCGGCAAUGCUAAAGAAUAUGGCAACAUUGAGUAAACUUCAAAAUUAAAUGCCAUUUACAAAAUUUAAUUCCCAAAAAUUACUAUUUAAAUGUUAGUUGAAAUAUGGCGGCAUUUCGUUAUUCGAAAUGAAAUGUGAAAUUUAUUACAAUAUCGUGCCGUUAUUGAAAAUUAAUUUAAAUUUAAAAAUAAAUGAAAUAAAAGCAAUUCAAACUAUUUACUGUGUCUUUAAAUCGAAUAUUAAAUAGUUCAAAUAAGACCUCAACGAUUAUAAAAUUUAUAAAGAAAAUAUAUUUCAAUAUAUUAUAGCCGUCACAUAUCACUCACGGGUGACAGUCAAUUAACACACUAACUGCCGUUUCAGCCGCGUUCCCGAUUACAUCUGACAACACAAUUCGUAUUUCGAAUUCUUUUAUAAUUAUUUACAAUUUAGGACUCCAUUAUAUGUCUAAUAAUCCCAGUGUUUAUAAUGUUGUGUAGAUUUAGUUGAUAUAAUUAAGAUGGUAAUGUAAUUUAACGAUGACAGGUGAUAAUGGCAGGCCUAUUUACCAUAGCCGGCUUAUCUUCUUCGUUCUCUUUAGCUGACACGUUCGUAGCAAUAAUCGAUGGUUAAAUGGUUUCGAUAUACGGUGUCUUAAAAAUUAUAUUAAAUAAACAAAAAAUGUCUUUUAUCUAUCGAUGUACCUUUUUAGAAAGUAACGGUUUUUUUU